AUGGCAGGGAACAUACCAUCCGCUGGGACUCACCAAGCUUUCAGCGGAGUCACAAAAGCUGGUACUUCCGUGAAAUCUCUAUCGGGUAAGCGGGGGCUGGUGUGCAUGGGGGCAAGGUGUUCUGCAAAUGCUGCGGGAGAGGCAAGCUUCGUUGCAUCUUAUAUCCAGGAUGACUGCCACUGCCACGGAACGUACACCUCUGAAGGCCACAUGAACAACGCGAAACAACAGCUAGCAGAUUGCGCGCGAUGCUGCGCUGAGACCAGCUCCAGCGAGGACGACGACGUGCUUGUCUUCUCGGAGCACAACGCGAAAUGCGUCGUAGUUGUCGGCCAUGGCGCCGGAGUGAACAUGAUGUUACGGCGCCUCCCCUAUACCCUCUCAGCAACAUCGCACUCCUUUGCAACCGUGGCCUUGGCACAAGUUCUGCCUAGCAGGUUGCAUCGACGGGUUAAGUUGUCAAUAUUGGACGACGUGCCAGGCGUGCAGCCGACAGAGUCGGUCCGAACCUUACAAUACCACUUCGUUACACGUCGACCCCCUCUCACCGUAGAAGUUUUAUAUCAUCCACACAACUCAAUCUUUCCCAUGCUGAGGAAGGAAUUGGCUGGGGUUUCACGGCUUUGGAGGGAUUUAAUCCUCGAAACUCCCAGUUUCUGGGGUGAUAUCGCGUUGACAUUUAGUUCUAAAGUGGAACCCGAAUCCUUGAUGACACAGCUGAAGAGGAGUCGUGAAUGCCCUCUUGACAGCACAAUUUGCUACCUACCUCACGCAGUGGCUGCACGUCACGCUUUGGACCUUCUUGUUCCCACCACGGAUUGCUGGCGUAGCCCCAGUCUCCAAGUUGUAGCCAAGGUCGUAUCCAACGUCAUGCACAAGCUCAACAGGUUCGAACGAUGUUUCAAUCAGUUUGUGGGACAUCUAUUAGGAUUAUAUGGCACCGAGCGCCAUUUAAUUCUCGUCGUUCCUCGUGGCCUCAUGGGUAUACCCACCCAAUCGUUAACCACACUCACAUUCACUUCCGACUGUGAUCAACACUGGGUGCUUGAACGGGAUACCCUCGACUUCCUGGUCCUCCAGACGCUUGUGCUAGACAAUAUUGAUGCCCACGGUUUCGUGAACGCCAUCCUAGCGCUAAAGAUGGAACAUCUCGACUACACUCGCCUCCGCGGGUUCUGUCUUUGGCACGUUUGGGCCAAAAUUUUCGCCAUGAUCGAUCUCGAUGACUCAGAAGCGCGCACACUCUGCCAAGCUUUCUCUGGAAGGGUAAAUGGCAAGGACAACAUCGUUUCGGACAACUGGCGGGAACUGUCCCUUGGCACGGUGGAACUUUUCGGGCUCCUGAAUGAAAUGCCAUCUUUGUCCAAAACCGCCAGCGUAGGCACAGACGGUGAUCUCGUGAAAUUGUUCCUGAUAUUUGCAGCUGUGGCCAAAUACACACCGUAUCAGUAG